AGAGAGAAGAGACGCACCGACACACAGACGCUGCUCUCAGAGACAAAAUGGCUUCCAUGUCAGAGGAGGAUUUCUGCUGUUCGGUCUGUCGUGAAGUCUUUAGAGAUCCUGUUGUUCUGUCAUGUAGCCACAGCUUCUGUAGAGACUGUCUGAAGACCUGGUGGAGAGCGAAACAGGCACAGGAGUGUCCAGUUUGUAGGAAAAGAUCUUUAAGGCCAGAUCCACCUCGUAACCUGGAGUUAAAGAAGCUGUGUGAGAGUUUCUUAAAGCAGAGAGAUCAGAGAGCUUCAGAGGCUCUCUGCAGUCUGCACUCUGAGAAACUCAAACUCUUCUGUCUGGACCAUCAGCAGCCAGUGUGUCUCGUCUGCAGAGAUUCAGAAAAACACACCGACCACAUAAUCAGACCCAUCGAUGAAGCUGCACGACAACACAAGAAGAAACUUCAAGAAACUCUGGAGCCCUUAAAGGAGAAGAUAAAGGUUUUUGAACAGGUUAAAGAGGAGUGUGAUCAAACCGUAAAACACAUGAAGGUCCAGGCCCGACGCACAGAGACGCAGAUUAAGGAUCAGUUUAAGAAGCUUCACCAGUUUCUAGAAGACGAAGAGGAGGCCAGGAUGACUGCACUGAGGGAGGAAGAGGAGCAGAAGAGUCAGAGGAUGAAGGAGAAGAUGAAGGCUCUGAGCAGAGAGAUAGCAGCUCUUUCAGACACAGUCAGAGCCACAGAGGAGCAGCUGAGAGCUGAAGACGUCUCAUUCCUGAUCAACUACAAGGCUGCAGUGGAAAGAGUCCAGCAGAGCACCCUGCUGGAUGAUCCACAGCUGCUCUCAGGAGCUCUGAUAGACGAGGCCAAACACCUGGGCAACCUGAGCUUCAACAUCUGGAACAAGAUGAAGGACCUGGUCUCCUACACUCCUCUGAUUCUGGACCCAAACACUGCUUCUUCAAGACUCAUCCUGUCUGAAGAUCUGACCAGUGUGAGACGGGGAGAGGAACAGCAACUUCCUCAUAAUCCAGAGAGGUUUGAUUCCCCCACUGUCCUGGGCUCUGAGGGCUUUAACUCAGGGACUCACAGCUGGGAUGUCGAGGUUGGAGACAGUACAGACUGGUUUCUGGGUGUGUUACCAGAGUCUGUCCAGAAGAAGGGAGGCAUACGGUCUGGUUUAUGGAGAAUAUAUUUCUCUAAAGGUAAAUACUCAGCGUUGUCUCCAUCAGCUCCAGACACUGAUCUCCCAUUUGAGAAGAAGCUCCAGAAGAUCAGAGUGACUCUGGACUGGAACAGAGGAAAGUUGUCGUUCUCUGAUCCUGAUACUAACACACACAUACACACCUUCACACACACUUUCACUGAGAAGAUGUUUCCAUGCAUUGCCACUGUUGGUAAUCUGAAGAUAUCAGCACUGAAGUUCUGUGUAACAGAACAACAGGUCUGACGAAGUCUGUAGUUUUAGGGUGGUGAUAAUAAUAGUAAACAACUAUUCACUUCUUAAUUAAAUGUUAAUAUGUUCCAUCUUUUUAAGUAGAAAUAAUAUCUGAACUGAAUGAUAAAAUAAGUUAAAACUUUAUAUUGGCAGCAGCAAACAGUAACAGGAGUCAGCAGAUUAAACAUGAAAGAAUAUAAACAGAAUAAUGGUUGGUUAAUAUAAAGGGUAGUAAACUGAUUGCAGCGGUAAAGGAGACGGCUGAAUGAUAUGUUUACAUAUGUAAAUAUGGAUGUUUAUAUGAAACAUUAUUAUUGUUG